AGCUUGGCAACAGCGAGGUCCGACGAAAGCGAGCAGCGCAAAAUCCCGAGGAAGUCGAAGUUGUCCUAGUUGAUAGAAAUAUCCAACGUUUCCGCUGCGGUGCGAUCUGGACACAAUAACUGAGGCUGAGUAAAUUAAGGGGGUGUGCAGCGGCGAUGCCAGCCCAACCUGCUCCGCGUGAAGCAGAGGAGGAGAUGGAGACGGAGCCUGACUCUGAGGUGCCUCAUGCGAACGGCGAGACUGAGGAGGAGAGGGAGCGGGAGGGAGGAGAGGCAGAGGAGACGAUGGAAGAGAGUGGAGAAGAGCGAGAGAGUGACCUGGAGGAGAGCGAAGCAGAGGAAGAGGAGGAGGAAGAAGAGGAGAGUUCAGAGAUUGACGAUGAAGAUUGUGAAAGGAGGAGGAUGGAGUGUCUGGAUGAGAUGUCUGAUCUGGAGAAGCAGUUCCUGGAGCUCAAAGAAAAGUUAUUUCGUGAGAGGCUGGACCAGGUGAAAGUGAAGCUGGAUGAGGUGCUGACAGGAAAAGCAGGAGAGUACAGAGAGCCGCUGGCCACACUUCAGAAAAACAUGCAGCUACGCACUCAGGUAGCAGGUGUUUAUAGAGAGCUGUGCCUUCAGGUGAUCCAACACAAGCAUGAGUGUGAGAUACAGGGUGCAAAACAACAUCUGGAGAGUGAAAGGAUCCUGCUGUUCGACACCAUGAAGACGGAGCUGCUGGAAAAGAUCCGCAGGCUGGAAGAGGACAAGCAGAGUGUAGACAUCACCUCAGAGUGGUGGAGUGAUGAAGUGCGGAUGAAGAAGUGUAAGAAGAGAAGUCACCUAAGCCACCUGGAGAGGAAGAAAAAGCCAGCGCUCGUGUCAGGGCCCUACAUAGUGUACAUGCUGAGAGACAUUGACAUACUGGAAGACUGGACAGCCAUCAAGAAGGCUAAAGCAGCACUAAUCCCCUUGAAGAAGAAGUCAGACAGUCGUCAGUUGUCAGUGCGCUGUGAAGGAGGCACUCUGUUUUAUGAGGGAGAGAGAUUCUCAAAGGGCAACACUGUUCUAUUGGAAGUCAAUGAUGAAAGCCCAGCACAGGCGGUAAUAACAGCAGUCAGUGCAGGGGAAGUGUGGUUCAAAAGGACAGAUGGCAGCAAAAUCAAAAUCUACAUUUCACAGCUACAGAAAGGCAAAUACACAAUACGGAGAGCCUAGAGUAAACACACAAACACACACACACCACACGCGCACACACACACACAAAAUAUACAACUGUGUUCUAUCAGAGUGUAUAUGGGUCAAAGAUCAGGUGUGUCUUUUUUAUUUUUUUAUUACAUAUUCAUACUAAAAUGCAUUAACAUCAUUCCAGUCUUACUUCUCUGACAUAAAAACAGACAUUAAAGGGAAAAACAAGGUUGUAAAUUGCAAGCUAGUGAUUCAGAAUAACAGUCCACUGUCACAAAACAUUAAAGAGAAACAGUUACAGGAAAAAAGGAAAUGAAUCUCUGAUGAAUAGUCUUAAAACUACUAUAAUUUUCCUUUUUGUCUUUGACCCAUGUACAAUAUAUUAACACUCUUGUAACAUCGGUACAUCCUGUCGAGUGCUUCUGCAGCAAUAUACUGCUUUGUAAUUCCUAACAGACUUACAGACAGACAGCUAGUCAUCAGAGCUUCAUCAAUAAACACAAUAUGGCACUGGAUAGAGUGCUUGACUAACACACAGGCAGAGCAGACAGCAUAACGGCAGCUUCUGUUCACCAGCACACAGCGUAUGGCCCAGCAACUGAAACUGCUGAAUCACUGUUUCCCAACUACACACACACACACACACACCCCACUACACACAGCUACACACCAAGACCAAAUAGGGAUCAUAUAGAUGCUUAUAGCCCAAUAUAUGUAUCUUUACCCCUGACCAUAUCCCAGUCUAACAAACUGGAUUAGCUAAAGCCAAAAGCAGAGCAGUUCCUGUGAACGUAACCACACCAUGCCCAUAAGGUGGUUAACACAAUACUCCCAUAAAGAGGUACACUAAAGAUUUUGCAAAAGCCUCAACGACUGCAUUCACGCAUUAUUAUCUACACUAGUGAACCUGCAGUCACACUGGAUAUGUGCACUUUGAGUCUCCUUGUGAAAUUGGUGUGACCAAGGCAGGCUUGGAAGAAUCAGAACAAAAAAAGUUCCAUAUAGUGCAACUUGAAUGUGUCUCAACUUUCUUAAUGCAGUUCAACAGGGUAAUAAAUCGAGUCUUGUACAUGCGGGGUCUAUUCCCACCUCAAGCCCGAUGUUUCUGUGCUUAUAACGCAAGCCUGACCAGGUUAAACCAUUUAAUUAUGAUAAAUGAAUGAAGAAAUGAGGUCCUACAUAUUCACAACGCCUAAGUUGGUUGCUAGCAAGCUGGCUAACUAGCCAAUCAUUGACCAUAAAGCAAACAAAAAAAAAAAAAACACUUAUCAUCAGUUCCAGCCUCCAGACAUCCUGUGUACUAUGCAUACUUUAUAGUCAGGUCUAGAAGCCCAAUCUCAUGCCUUCCCACUGUUAAAAUGAGCUCUUUUCUGUAAGUUUAGUCCUUCUGCAGUGCUAUGCAAUGUGCUGCCUCCUUUAGAAAUCAACUCUGAAGGCGGCAGCGUGAUUCAUGAUCACAAA